CUGCCCAUUUUGGCGUCACGAAACAGAAUCGCACUCACACCAGCCUCUGCCUCGUUGGCUCGUUCGCAGACUCAAAAUAAUUUCAAAUCUCCCUCCUAGCUGCCCUGCGGGCAGAAAUUUUCAGGAACCGUCUGCCACUUCCUCGCCGCCAAUCCCAAUUUCCCUUCAAACAUUUCGCGCAAAUUCCAUCCAAAAACGGCAAGAAACACAGAUCCGUCCCCUCCCUCCACGCCUCCCCACCCCAGCCAAAAAUUCCCCCCCGAAACUCAAAUCUUGAAUCCUCCUGCCUACUUCUCCGUCCUACUACCUCCGUUACAAAUAGCCAUGGAGAUCCUUGCAUCCCAUCCCAAGCUCCAACAGAGCCACCUCGCCGCCCAGUACAUCACCGAGCCCCAAAUCUAAGAGCGGCAGGCAGCUCGUCAUACCUGAGAUGGCAGUUGACCGCAGCGAUAACAAGGAGAACCUGCCGCCUGCAACUGCUCCGUCCUCCGCCGUUGGCCGCCUUCAUGGCAUAGCUGUCAAGAGUUGCAAGCUGAAGCGGCUCAGCAAGGCGCGGAGGCGGGUGCCGCUCAGGGACAUCACCAACCUCUUCGUUGCUGUGGAGUCUGCGGUUCCCGUGUUGCAGCAAGAACUGCCGCAGCCGCCGGAGGUGACCGCGGAGGUCCCCCAGGCGCAGCCGGCCAUAAAGAAUGGGCUUGCAGCUGGUGGUGCGGCAUCGAAGCCGGUCAGAUACUCGCUCCGGAAGUGGUUUAGAUAGCUUGUUACUGUACAGGAUUUGUAUUAUUCUCAUUUUUUCUGUCAUUGUCCAAUGAUUCAUUGGACUCGAUUCGGUUGGAUUAGUUGGUUUCCUCAUUUAUGUAUUCGUCAUGAUAGGAAAUGGGCUGCUGGUAUAGAAAAUCAAGACGUGAAAUUGGUUUUUCAUUGAUUUUUGGUGUCACGAUACUGAAUUGGAAACAGGAUUUGUGCA